AUGGCAUUUUCAUCAAAAACCUCGAUGGCUCCACUUACUGUUAUUGUACUGGAUUGUUUAGUGGACCUGACUGUGGUACAAGACUCUGCACUAACGGAGGUAUCAAAUGCUGUCCUCGCUGUAACCACCGAUCUCUCAUUCGACCCAGAAUAUCUCCGUCGUUUUGUUCUAGUGAUGUUCAAUAAUAAUGGGAUAACAACGAAGACCUAUUCUAAUUCCCAAUUAUUAUUGGACGAUCUGGGUGAAGCGGCACAGACGACAGACUCAAAUGGGACCUGCACUGAUAUGGACUUUAUAGCUCUUAGCGCUGCCCUAUCACAGUAUCUCACAUACAAAUCCCCGGUGUACGUAAUCACGGAUGCGCUGCCCAGUGAUGGCACACAAGUCAACGAUGUCUACCAUCUGAUCAACGACUGGAGAUCACCGGUGUAUUUCCUCUACCUUGAGCCAUUACCGGAAUCCGGAUGUGCGACUGGCAUCGAAGAUCCUGGCUAUCGCCUUAUGGACACUGUAGCGCAACGCUCAACCGGACAGACUUUCUACUUUACUACUCACGGUGGUAUUGAAUCGUUUUUGACUACGCACAUGCUCAACACCCUAUAUCGAACUCAACUGCUAUUGUCCAAUGACUUGCCGGUUUGUACCGAACAACUCACUUACAAGUCGGUUUCUGUUGAUGUCUCCGUUGAAAUGCUCGUCAUCGUGGCUACUGGACGUGAGUAA